AUGCCUAGAAUGAGAAGUAAGGAACUCUCUGGACUUCGAAAUGGACGCUUGAAACAAGAAGGACUUCGAAAUGGACGCUUGAGACAAGAAGGAAUACUUCCUGAAGUGUUCUAUAUAAAAAUAUUUAUUAUAAUUCCUUUUUUUUGUCGGGCAACAAAAAUGAAACUUUUGGAAGAAGCUAAAGCAGCACAUGCAGCAAAAGUGGAGAACAAAAGUAUUAAACCAGUAACUCCUGUUGAGAUGCACGAAUACGAAACUGUAAACGCUUCUUGCGUGAAGAGACUGACAGAGAAAGAAACAGUGGCGGAAAAGUAUAGAAGAACAGGUGUGAUACCAAAUCCUUUCACGGUCUCAUCUUCUGAUAAAGAAGAAAUAAAAGAAGGCGGAAGAGGAAGAAAGUGAUGAAGAAGGUUGGACAGUAAGUAUCAACAAAAAAUGAGGAGGUAAACCUGGUAGCUAUAGUAAAGGUGGAGGAGGUAGACGUAGACACAUUAACAAGUAGUUUCAUUACAUUACCAAACAAUUUAACUGUAGUUGAGUAGUAUUUUGAGGUGAUCGUACAUGUGGAGACCGAGCGGUAGGCCAAAGCGCCCGGUAUGGAGAGAUUGUUAGCGCUUG